AUGCAGAGGUCGUUCACAACCAGUGGGUUCAGUGGCCUUCUGCCCCGAAAUAAUGGUCACUAUAUUCGAGCAGUGUCCGCCCUUACCGUGGCACCUUUUCGUGUACCGAGUUACUAUUUACUGGCCCAUUUCCAAGCUUACAGCCUGGCCACUCAACACCCUUGGGUUGCCGUAUGCGGCCUUACCGCCUCAGAUCCCCCAAAUCAGUUCGCAGGCCUCGCUCUAUCGGCAGUGAUUCUUGCAAAGGCUGCCUUUCCUGCGGAACACUCUUACUACGCCACUCGCGAUGAUGCGUUUACUGUUGUUCAAACACAUGACCCCUGUCCCGUGAACUCCCAAACACAAACCCUAAUUAAAGCUCCUACAUAUGCUUGUAUUCGUAUACCUCACACAAGUAGGUAUAUGCGCCUCGACGAAUACAGCAGCCAAACGCUGGCAUUGAAAAUGAGCCCAGGAGCCAGAAAUGCUCGAGUAGUCUCAAGCGUCUAG